CUAACUCUACUUCCUGUCUCGUUUACGCCCCAUCAUUUCAGUGCGGUAAACACAAGGAGAACUGCAACCCUGGUGGAUGUCAGAAAGAGCCUGAGAGCACUGAAUUCAUAUCGGCAUUAGCUGCUGGCAUGCGUGCGCAGCUAAUGGUUGAGGUCACAUCUGAAGUCUCUCCAUCAACGGUGGCAUUAGCAGCAGCCGCCCGCCAAACCGGAGGCAAACUUGUGUGCAUUCUUCCAGAAGUAAAAGAGAACAAAUCCCAGCAAUUGAUUGAAGAAUCAGGGCUAAAUGACAUAGUAGAGUUUGAAACUGGAGACCCUGUUGAUGUAUUGCACAAUUAUGAGAACAUUGAUUUCUCUCUGAUUGAUUGCACGAGUGAUAAUUACAAGAAGUUGUUGGACCAGCUGGAUAUGAAUCCAAGAAGAUCAGUGGUGGUGGCGAAUAAUUUGGUGGAAGGAUGUAAAGGUUUGGAAGGCCAUCUGAGAGGCGUUGAGAAAGAGGCUAAAGUGAGGUCCAUAAAGCAUCCCAUAGGCAAAGGGAUGGAGAUAACAUUGAUAGGAAAAUUCAGUGAUCAUAAUAAAAGGGAAAAGGACCGGGGAAGCCUCUCUAGGGCAGAGAAAAAAGGUGGUAUUGUUAAGAAAACAGAUAAGAGCAAAUGGAUAGUUAAGGUGGAUGAGAAAAGUGGUGAGGAGAACUUCUACAGAUUAUCGCCAAGAUGAGUGCUGAGUUUCUUACCACCAAGUACCAAGAAGAAGAGGAACGAUUCCUGCCGCUGCUAUAUGCAAAGUCUGUCAAAGUUUCGUUUACGGAGGCACGUCGAAGUAUGAAAAUCCCACUGUGCAUGUAAUGUCGAUUAGACUCGUCUGAACUGAACGGUGUGCAUAACAAGUUUCAUUAU